GGCGAGAGAGAGAGCAGGCAAUGGGAGUGUGUGCGGGAAUAGUGGAGAACUAGGGCUGGAAGGAAGGUUUAGAACGCAGAGGGUGGUGGUGGUUGUUUCGUCCCUGUCUGGGUGGGAGUUAGUGAUUGCGCUGGGCGUGUGGGGGGUCUGUUGGUAUCAGGGUUCGGAUUGGGAAAGCAAUUAGAGCUUGCGGUUGCUUGUCUUUUCAAGGAUAUCUUGCUUGUCGGCUCAGGAUCAUAGGUUUGGAUGAGUUCGUUCCUCUGUUUUGAUUGCUGAUGAAUGUCUUUUUGAUAGGCGUGAUCUUUAUGAGCGUCUUAGAAGAGAGUGUUGUUGGGUGAUAAUUAGUUUUGUAGCGUCUGCGAACCUAAUGGUGUACCUUUCGGAGUUUUUCGUAGUCAGUAGACUAGGUGAGCGCAAACGUUCUAGAGCUGCAUUUUCACGCACUAGAACUGGGGAAGUAAGCAUGUUGAUGGUACGAACAGGGUUUGUCGUGGAGAAAUUAAUCUUGUAGCAAUGUCAUAGUGCUGUGUGAGUGAUUUCUAAAGAAUACAUACGACAGAUCAGUCAUAAUUGUGUUUCUCAAUCAGUGUUUGAAUUAAUAAUUCGGAUCUCGAGGUACUCCUUAAGGAAUUUGCCCUGGUCUUUGGUGAUGGAUCAAGCGCUAGAUUCCUUUGUGUCUUACUAUUUACAUUUCAUCAAAUAUUCGGAUGGCAUUCCUGUAGUUAAUCGCUGGACACACCGCCGCUUCAUAUAGCUUAUGGAACUUUUACAGGAAGUUUUGGAGCUAGAGACGAUCUUGUGUUGCAACCAAGCCCGCAAUUCAUUUCCCAAGGGUGUCGGGCGUGGUUUAUCGACAAAGCUGAAAAUUCGAACAUGUGGCACUGUGUAUUGCCCUGAAGUGCUUUACCUGAUCCUCGAGAGUAAUUUUUACGAAUCUCAAGUGUCGAAGGUGUCGACAAGACUCGUGAUCACCUGCAAAUCGGUGUCCUCGGCACAAACCGUGGUUACAUUGGCGCUGGUGAGGAUGCCAGCAGGCACCUUGAAUGUAGAUCUGGACUAGACAGGUUUCGAAGACCCGAAGGUAUUUGAAUUUGUGCUGUAGGAACCUCAACAAAAUUGAAUGUGAAGGCAAGCCGAACCGGAGUCGAGGUGCUGCGCUGCUGAGCGGGGAGGGGUUCUGGUUCUGCUAAAAUCCCAUACCGUCCGUUGACGUUAAUUUCCUCAGCUGUUGCAGCAUAUUACACGCACUUAUAUCCAUUGUCACUAUCCUAGGAUAACAGAUGACGGUGGAGCAAUUCAGUGCGCUGUCUCGUAAGACGGCUGGGUCACCUGUCUUAAUAAAAUGAAUUUUAGGGCUACUGUUUAAGCAUUUGACAAGUUUCCUCCUCACAGCAGCGUUUCCUUGAGAGACAUCUCAGUUGUAAAAUAGGCGGAUUCUAUUAUUAGAAAUGAUAACGAGUCUUCUGCUUUAGAGGGUACCUAAGCGUUCUGCACCGAAUCCCACGUCAAGUUGUCAGUACGUAAUUUCAUCUCUUUAGUGUCUCUGAUACUAGCUAGCCAACUUUACCUCCUCUCUCUCUUCCCAUCCGUGUUCUAAACAACCAUCGAUUUCAUCUUGAGAUCUUCAUGGACAUCACCGAACCGAUGUGAAACCACAGAUUCGGACCCCCUCUAAAUUUUCGCAGGGAGUGUAGUGCUUAUCGUUAUAGAGAUGGAUAGAGCAGCUGUAGAACCUCCCCCUCGUAAAGGCUCAGUUCUUGAUGCAAAGAUCUGGAACAAGCUGCCAGAGGAGCUUCUUGAGAGAGUUCUCCUUUAUGUGCCUCUUAAAAGCCUUGUGAGGUUUCGUUGCGUCUGCAAAAAAUGGAACAUAUAUGUAUUAGAAGACACUUUCACGGAUCUGCGGGAACAAGUUUCACCACAGAGGCCGUGGAUUGUGAUGACUUCAACCAGGGACUCUAUGUUUGCUUAUGAUUCCGGUCUCGGUACCUGGCAUGAUGUGCCCAUCCCGUUCAAUGCGUACAGCUUGCACGUUGUCGCAGCAGCGGGGGGUCUGCUCUGCUUCUCUAAUGCAUGGUUCCACUGGCCAAUUAUGUUCGUGUGUAAUCCAAUGACACAAAAAUGGCGUCAGCUACCGCGCAUGAACACGUGGAUGAUCUCCACAGUGGGCAUGGCGUACGACGACGCCACUGCAACCUUCACAGUCCUCGUCUGUGGUCGGCUCGAGGAUCAUAUCAUGAUCACGGAGGUUUAUGAUUCCAAGUCAGAUGUGUGGACUCUCAGCGGCACUCCCUUCUCAGCUCGCAAAUAUGGAGGCGACAUUUCCCUCUGGUGCGACGGUAUAUUCUACUGCCUUACUUAUCCUUUCUCAACUCUCUGUCUUCUCUCGUACGACCUAUCCCAGGGCACUUGGUGUGAAGUGCCAAUACGUAUGCCGUCACCAAUCAUGUCACCCGCUCUUGUAGAAUCUAGAGGGACGCUUCUAUUGGUUGGGGGCCUGGAGGAGCAAGAACUGUUUGGUAUCCAGAUCUGGAAGCUGGACACCGUGAAGCAAGAAUGGCAAGAGUUGGAACGAAUGCCCUUGCAGCUGUGCAAAGAAUUUGAGGCGAAGAUGGUACCCAGUAAGCCACUUUCGUGCUUCGGAACUGGAGACUCGAUCUUCCUGUCCAUUCCCACGAAUGAUUACAUGCCUGCUCUCAUGUAUGACCUCCAGCGCCGGACAUGGAAUUGGUGGCCAGUGUCUGAUUUCCCUGCCACGCUCCCUGCGCUCAACAUAGGCCAAUCUAGUGGCAUUAGCUUUGAGCCACGCCUCAAUGCACACGUCUGAACUCUGACGCUGAAAGGGCAACUGUGGUGGAAGUAAUUUCAACACGACGAUAGAAUGGGAUUGUCUUCUGGUUUAAGUAGCAACAGCUAAGACGGUGACUUGGGAUCUGAACCCUAGUGACAAAUUCGUACUUUUCAAUACAACACUUCUUUCUUAUCCAAUUGUGGGGGGUUAUUGUAGUUGGUUGGUUUCCUUUAUUUCGUUCAAUCAAGAUCCAAGCAUUUUGUUGCACCUCACUAUCUCUGUUAUCAAGGUGGCCCCUUUAAUUAAAAUUUAGAAAGAGAAGAAUAAUGUCUCGUGUGUUCAGGCCCCAAGUGUAGCUGUUUCUCAAUGCACAGCUGAUAUAAGAAUAUGAUAUUUUAUAGUAUACCAGGUUGUGGUGGUCUGCACCCAAUUAGGAGCCACGUAGGAAACUAGAUGCGUAGCUGUGGUUUAGUUUCGUCAUUCAGUUACGGAAUCGUUACCAGCAAGAAGCUUGGUUGUAUAAACGGUAGUCUACAAAUUGUACGCAAUAAAAUAUGUAGAUUUAUGAAA